AUGGCCCAUCUCUUCUCUCUGGCAACACCGCCAGCGCCCGCCUACGUCGACGGCAAGCGCUCGGGCGACCAAGUCAAAUUCCCCGACACGGGAUUCUUCCAAGGCUUCAACAAGCCUUCCAGACUGGAAGCCGACAUCUUCGAGCUUGAAACCACGGGUGAAAUCCCAAAAGACAUCAAUGGGACCCUUUAUCGUAUCCAACCCGAUCACCGCUUCCCGCCUCUCUUCGAGGAAGACAUUCACUUCAAUGGCGAUGGCUCCGUGUCAGCAUUCCGAUUUGAGAAUGGUCAUGUAGACUUUAAACAGCGCUAUGUGCAUACCGACCGCUUCAGGGCGGAGACGAAAGAGCGCAGGGCAUUGCUGGGGAAAUAUCGGAAUCCGUAUACCGAUAAUGAAAUGGUCAAAGGGAUUAUUCGUACAGCAUCAAACACCAAUAUCAUCUUCUGGAGAGGAGUAUUGCUGGCGACGAAGGAAGAUGGUCCGCCCUUCGCUAUGGACCCCGUUUCUCUUGAAACUAUUGGGAGGUAUGACUUCGACGGACAAGUACAACAUCCCACAUUCACUGCACAUCCCAAGUUCGACCCCGAUACAGGGGAGAUGAUCUGCUGGGGCUACGAAGCCGGUGGAGAUGGCCACGAUGCAAGCUGCGAUAUCGUUGUCUUCACCAUCGACAAGGACGGCAAGAAAACGGAAGAGUGCUGGUACAAGGCGCCCUUCUGCGGCAUGAUCCACGACGCCGCCAUCACCAAGAACUACGUUGUCCUACCACUGACACCCAUCAAAUCAAACGCCGAGAGAUUAAAAAAAGGCGGUAAUCACUUCGCCUGGGAUCCCAACGAGGACCAGUGGUACGGCAUCGUGCCACGCCGAAACGGCAAACCAGAAGACAUCGUCUGGCUGCGUGCGGAUAACGGCUUCCACGGCCACAUCGCCGGCUCCUACGAAACGCCCGACGGCAAAAUCGUCGUCGACCUCACCAUCGCCACGGACAACGUCUUCUUCUUCUUCCCCCCCGACACGCCGACCCCCACACCCACGACCCUCCUCCAACGCAACAAACUAAUCUCCGACACAUACCGCUGGAUCUUCGACCCCAACAGCCUCACGGGAACCCGCGUCACGCCGCACAAGCUCUUCGGCCUCAACGGCGAAUUCUCCCGCAUCGACGACCGCUACCUGACGAAGCCCUACACGCACUUCUGGCAGUGCCAGAUCGACCCCAGCAAACCGUACGAUUUCGCAAAGUGCGGUCCCCCCGCGGGCGGCCUGUUCAAUGUGAUUGGGCACUUUGAGUGGGAGACGGGGAGAAAGGAUACGUGGUGGGCGGGUCCGACGUGCACGUUUCAGGAACCCGUGUUUGUGCCGAAGAAGGGGAGUAGGAGAGAGGGGGAGGGGUAUUUGAUUGCGCUGCUGAAUCAUCUGGAUGUGUUGAGGAAUGAUAUUCUGAUUUUUGAUGCGUUGCAUGUGGCCAAGGGUCCUGUGGCUGCGGUGCAUUUGCCGGUUAAGUUGAGGUUGGGGUUGCAUGGGAAUUUUGUGGAGCAGAGGGAGAUUGAGGAGUGGGCGGAGAGGAGGAAGGAAGGGGGUGAGGUGGGUCCUGCUAAGGCCACGAGGGAGUUGUUGGCGUGGCAGAGGAGGAUGGUGGAGAGGGGGGAGUUAUCCCCUAUAUCUCUCCCUGAUGUAACCCAUGGUCGCCACCUCGGCUUAAGAGAUUCCCAAAAUAUGGCUGGAAAUACAUGCCGUGUGUCAUCACCAGUGCAGAAAGUCAAUGCCAACAGGCAUGGCUCCCUUUUCCAUGCCUGCUCAAGAAAUUUGAGUAUCGUAUAUCACGAGGUCCAAUCACCUCGUGCCCGAGGGAUGGCUCACAUUGUGAAGUUCGUGAGGGACUGUUGGUAA